AUGUCUAAUAAUAUCUCCCUUCCGUCAGUCGAAGAAGUUAAUAAAUGGAGCCCAGAUGAUGUUAUUACUUUUCUGGGGUCUAAUAAAAAUGAGUUAUUUCUCAGGGAUCAAGACAUUAAAACAAUUAAAGAUAACUGGCUCCCCGGUUCAGCCUUCCUCGAGUUAAGUCAAGAUGAGCUUCAAGGGUAUGCUCCCUACAUUCAAAAAUUUAUACUAUUUGCGUCUGAAUGGGUGGCUGAAAAAGUGAUGGACAAACUCGAAAGAAAUUACAGUCAACAGUUAAGGAAUUUUGUGUCAGCAAGCUCGUCGGAAAAUGAAUACAAUUCCAUAAUGCAAACUGUCAAAAAUAUAAAUGGAUUUUCAUUCUUGAAUUUAAAAUUGAAGAAAGGUUAG